AUGAUCGGAUGGACUCACCUUUGCCUCUCCACCUUGAUCACCAGACGUUAUGGUGCCGAAGUUUGGGAACAGAUCAUGAGGAAAGCUGGUUUUGCCCAAAAAAGCGAAAUCGAUGUACAGGUCUACUACGACGAUACUGAAACAAUGCGAAUUUUCAGAACUGCUGCUGGUAUACUGGGAUUGUCUGUAGACGAUAUGUGGGAGAUGUAUGGUGAAUUUCUUAUCACAUAUGCAUGUGAAACGGGUUGGGAUAAGAUGCUCAGUUGUAUGGCCAACAACCUACAGGAAUUCUUGGACAGUCUGAAUUCGAUGCAUUACUUUAUCGAUCAGAUUGCUUUUAAAUCGGAAAUGCGUGGACCAACAUUUCAAUGUGAAGCGAUUGGCGAUGGAUUACUACGUUUACAUUACUUUUCACAUAGACAAGGUCUUUUUCCCAUAGUCAAAGGUCUGGUUCGUCAAGUAUCACGAUUACUCUUUGAAAUGGAUGUGAAGCUGGUUGUUCUUGAACGAUCCCAGGAAAGGCGAAAAAGUGGUAUGGUCGAGCAUGUGGUAUUCUCACUUGAACCUGAUGAAGAACAUCGGGCUGGUAAACGUUUAGCCUAUAAAUUCAAGCGUGAUACUCGUUUAUAUGCCGAUGUGGAAGUGGUAGAUCCGCAAACCCCUCUUGCUGUCAAUCUAAAAGAUUUCUCAACUAUAUUCCCCUAUCAUAUUUGUUUUAAUAAACAGAUGGUUGUGGAACAUGUAGGUGAGUGA